AUGUUCCAGAAGCUCAGCAUUUCCUCUCUGAGCAGCUCCGCCGCUCUCUUCGGCGCGGCUCUCCCCGCCGCCUCCGCUAGGGUUUCGUUCGCUCCCACCACCCGCAGCGCGCCGCUGACCAUCGAGGCUGCGCACAAGAAGGGGUCCGGUAGCACGAAGAACGGCCGCGACUCCAAGGCUAAGCGGCUAGGCGUCAAGGUGUACGGCGAUCAGCCGGCCAAGGCAGGGAGCAUUAUCGUUCGCCAACGUGGCACAACGUUCCACGCGGGCACCAACGUCGGCGUGGGCAAGGACUACACUCUGUACUCGCUAGUGGACGGCCUCGUGAAGUUCGAGCUGUAUGGCCCCGACAAGAGGAAGAAAGUGAGUGUGUACCCGGCAACAGAGGAGAAGCAGGAGAACCCUGAUUCGCGGAAGGUGAGGAACCGGGAGAAGUUCCGGCAGCAGAGGGAGAAGAGGAGGGCGCGUCUGGCGGCAGCAGAGGAGGCGUUUAUGUUUGCUGCCGCGAAAGCGGCGGCCCCGUCGACAAAUGCGCCGGCUGCGGGAAAACUGCCGCCGAAGCCGAAAUUUUCGGCGCUAACGGCGGCGGAAAUGGGGGGAAGCAAGUUCGAAUUCCGCAAGAUCCCCGUGCCGCCGCAUCGGUACACUCCGCUCAAGGAACGAUGGAUGGACAUUUACACUCCGGUGUUCGAACAAAUGAAGAUCGACAUUCGCAUGAACCUUAAGGCGCGCAAGGUGGAGCUGAAGACGCGGAGGGACACGGCGGACCCGUCCGCCCUGCAGAAGUGCGCCGACUUUGUGACGGCGUAUAUGAUGGGGUUCAGCCUCACAGACGCCAUCGCUAUGCUGCGUAUCGAUGACCUCUAUAUCGAGUCGUUUGAGAUCAAGGAUGUGAAAACGCUACGAGGAGAGCACUUAUCCAGAGCCAUCGGGCGGCUGUCAGGUAAAAACGGCAAGACCAAAUUCACCAUUGAGAAUGCCACGCGGACACGUAUAGUGAUUGCCGAUUCCAAGAUCCAUGUUCUUGGGGCGUACGCUAACAUCCGUGUGGCGCGGGACGCGCUCUGCUCGCUCAUUCUUGGUUCGCCAGCUGGCAAGGUGUACUCGAAGCUGAGAACAGUUGCGGCAAGGCUGUCUGAGAGAUGA